AUGGCCGACGGCUUGAACAUGGGUAGCCUUACCCUCAACGAUUCUCAGCAUGCGCCCGCUCCUGGAGGUCCCAACCCGCCUGGUGGAGGCCGCGCUGCCUACAUCCCUCCACACCUCCGCCAGCGCCAAGUUCCUGCAAACGCGGCAACCGCGGACGCUGCUCCUCCCCCAGGCCCCGCUGGGGGCUCGUGGGGUGGCCCUAGAGGAGGCCCUCGUGGUGGUAACUGGGCUAAUGCCAACGCUCCUGAUUUCAGCCCCCGUGGUCCCAAUGGUCACGCAGGCGGCGGCUACGCUGGUGCCUCUGCCCGCGGCUCCGGAGAUGGCCAGUGGCGCGACGGCAAACAUGUCCCUGGUCCCGCAAACCCCCGUCUGGAACGCGAACUGUUCGGUAUCCCCAACGACCCCUCUAAGCAGAACACUGGCAUCAACUUCUCCAACUACGAUGAUAUUCCCGUUGAGGCUUCCGGCCAGGAUGUUCCUGAGCCCGUGAACACGUUCACAAACCCUCCCUUGGAUGACCACCUGCUGUCGAACAUCAGCUCUGCUGGAUACCAGACUCCCACACCCGUCCAGAAGUACUCGAUUCCCAUUGUGAUGAAUGGCCGUGAUCUUAUGGCUUGCGCUCAGACUGGUUCCGGAAAAACAGGUGGUUUCCUCUUCCCCAUUCUGUCUCAGGCUUACCAGAAUGGCCCUGCGGUUCCCCCUCCUUCAGCGGCUGGUCAAUAUGGCCGCCAGCGUAAGGCAUACCCGACCUCGCUGAUCCUGGCUCCAACUCGUGAGCUUGUUUCUCAAAUCUUUGAUGAGUCCCGGAAAUUCGCCUACCGCUCGUGGGUUCGCCCUUGUGUCGUUUACGGUGGUGCUGAUAUUGGCUCUCAACUGCGUCAGAUUGAGCGUGGCUGUGACCUUCUGGUUGCUACACCCGGUCGUCUCGUCGAUCUCAUCGAGAGAGGCCGUAUCUCUCUGAUCAACAUCAAGUAUUUGAUUCUUGACGAAGCUGACCGCAUGUUGGACAUGGGUUUCGAACCCCAGAUCCGCCGUAUUGUAGAGGGUGAAGAUAUGCCUAACGUCAAUGACCGUCAGACACUCAUGUUUUCGGCCACUUUCCCUCGAGACAUCCAGAUGCUGGCGCGUGACUUCCUAAAGGAUUAUGUUUUCUUGUCCGUUGGUCGUGUUGGAUCUACUUCGGAGAACAUCACCCAGAAGGUGGAAUACGUUGAGGAUCAUGACAAGCGCUCCGUCCUUUUGGACAUUCUCCACACUCACGGCACCACUGGUCUCACCCUCAUCUUCGUUGAGACCAAGCGUAUGGCGGAUGCCCUGUCCGACUUCCUUAUUAACCAGCGGUUCCCUGCCACUGCAAUUCACGGUGACCGCACCCAGCGUGAGCGUGAGCGCGCCUUAGAGAUGUUCCGCUCUGGUCGCUACCCAAUCCUUGUUGCCACAGCUGUUGCUGCCCGUGGUCUUGAUAUCCCGAACGUCACCCACGUUAUCAACUAUGACCUUCCCACCGAUAUUGACGAUUACGUCCACCGCAUUGGCCGUACCGGUCGUGCUGGUAACACUGGUAUCGCCACUGCUUUCUUCAACCGUGGCAACCGCGGUGUUGUCCGUGACCUCAUUGAUCUCCUCAAGGAAGCUCACCAGGAACUACCCUCGUUCUUGGAGAGCAUUGCUCGUGAAGGUAGCGGAUAUGGUGGCCGUGGAGGCCGGGGAGGUCGCGGCCGCGGCACCAACGCCACUCGCGAUAUGCGUCGCGUGGGUGGUGGCAUGGGCGGUCCUCCUUCCUAUGGCGGCGGCGGUGGCUUCGGUGCCCCUGCUGGCGGCUAUGGUGGUGGCUUCGGCGGAGCUCCUUCUUAUGGCGGCGGCGGCUACGGCGGCGGCUACGGAGGUGGUGGUGGUGGUGGUGGUGGUGGCUACGGCAACCCCUCCGGUCCUACCGGGCCUUCUUCCUGGUGGUAA